UGGGUCGGUCGAAGGCCUUCUUCCUUAUACGACGUCGCAUCAAGUGUCUCUCUCUACUUUCCUCGCGACAGCCAUAUAUCUACAAAACGGUGCGGUGGGUAGGGCGGUUGCAGUGGUGGUGGGCAGUGGUUGGUGAUGAUGAACAGCACGGGAAUGAUGAUGAUGACGUCAUCGUCGUCAGUAUCGACAUCAUCAUCGGCAUCGACAUCGACAUGGUCAUCUACAACUUCAGUGUCGGCGUCAGGGAAGCGGAUUCAGAAGGAAAUGGCGGAGCUCAACAAGGACCCUCCUCCCGACUGCUCCGCCGGCCCCAAGGGUGACAAUCUCUAUCAUUGGGUCGCCACCAUUAUUGGCCCUCCAGGGACACCUUAUCAAGGCGGUAUAUAUUUCCUUGACAUAACAUUUCCCAGCGAUUAUCCAUUUAAACCUCCUAAGGUUGUGUUCAAAACUCGAAUCUACCACUGCAAUGUUGAUUCUGCUGGCAAUCUUAGAUUGGAAAUCUUGAAGGAUAGUUGGAGUCCAGCCCUAACUAUUACAAAAGUAUUGCUUGCAAUAAGGUCAAUUUUCACCAAUCCUGACCCUUAUAAUCCUCUUGUUCCUGGCAUUGCCCGCUUGUACUUGACAGAUAGAGCUAAACAUGAUGAACGUGCUGCUGAAUGGACAAUGCGAUUUGCCAAGUGAAUCUGAUAUAUAUAUGUAUAUAUAUAUAUAUAGCCAUUUUGAUCUUUGUAUAUAGAUUGUGUUUCUCUUUUAACAGUUUUGUAAUAAAUUUAAACCAAAAUAACACUAUAUGAAAAUUGAAAGGUGAUAAACCUUACCAAAAACCUUGACACCUGCAUAGAAAUCUGCUUUCUGUCCACAUGCAACAAAAAAUUAUUGAUGCAAGGCACCGAUUGAAAAUAAAUUAAGAAAAACGAAAAGCAGUUGAAAAUUU